GUGAAAUGAUCGCGGUCGUUCGCGAGUGUGUAGAUACACAGAAAACCAAAAAAAAUACUAAAAAAAUAUUUUUAGAAAAAGAAUGCAUUUAAAAAAAAUGAAAAAAUCUCAUCAUUUAACAUAAGAAAAGGCCAAAAAAUGCCCUAAAAUAGUGAAAAAUUGUGAAAAAAUCAAGAAAAAAUGUCGCAGUGAUUAAAAUUGAAAAAUUAGAAAAAAAGUGAAAAAAUCAAAAGAAAUUGACUAAAAAAAACUCAUUAAGAGCAAAAAAAUCCCGCUUCAUAUCAUCUGAAUGUUCUUAUUUUUACUAACGUGUGUGGUUACAUUCAUAAAAAUGGCUACAAAAACUAAUAACAAUCAUCUGUGUAUCGAUAAAAAAGCGACACAAACAACGUUCUACUAUCCAACGCAAAUACCGCAUUUUGUCGGGUACGCAAAAAAGACGCGCAAAAGUCGUCGCGAAAACACAUCAAAUUCAUCAGAACUAAACACAAGUUUUGUGGUUGCCUCGAAAAUCACCGAGGAAAAUUUAAAAAUGCAAAAUUACGAAAACUAUAAAAGUGCAAAGGAAAAUCGGCACUUGAGGGAUAAUUACAUAUUGCAUCGAUAUUUGAAUUCAAAAUAUCAACAAGAGAAAGUAUUCAAAUCGAUUCGUGGCAUGUCUAAUAAUUAUCAACAAAACCAGCAAAGUAACAAUAAUUUAGUACUCAACAAGUUAAGUUCUUUAGUGUCCCCCCAUCAUCAUCAUUCAUCCGCAUCCGCAAAUUCUUCGCCCCAAAAGAAAAAUUCUCUUCUGUUAUGCAACAAUAAGCGCCCUCUGUCGUCCACGAACGUCAACAACUCGCAAGAUCAGCAUUCGUCGCCCCGCAAAACGCUCCUCAACGGAAAUUUGAUCGCCAAAGCGAAGACAAUUCUCGCCGAAAAGCCCCAGCUGCUCAUCGACAACUAUGAACUGAAUGCCGAGAGUCUGCGAAAUAACGUGCAAAUUGUCCUGCAAAACAUCAACCAGAAUUUGCAACAACAACAAUCGUCGCAACAGUCAAGCAAUGCCGCAAUCUCUCUGAACGACUUGCACUUCCUUUCGAGUGACAGUUUUCUCGCGAGUGCCCAUAACCUCCCCGCCAACAUGUCUUCGAGUCCCGAAAGUGAUUGCAAUAGCAAUCCCCAACCGCCGCCGCCGCCAUCGCAAUUCCUCCAACCCUCAUCACUCACGGGAGCCAUCGAUUGCUCCGUUGCCUCGUCACAGGAUUUCACGCACGACAAUCUCGACUAUCAAUGGUGCCCCGACUACGGAUAUCGAGAUCCCACGAUGAUGCAACAACACCAGAGCGUUUUGUCGUCCCUUUUUAGCUAUUCCGGCAUCGGGGAGUUGUCCUAUUACGAGGAUUUGGCGAAAAAUAUCGAUGCGAAUCUCGCGGAAGUCGAUAUGGAAAGUUUUCGUGCCGAGGACAUUCAUUCGUUGCUCACGAAUUUGCCGACAAUUUGCUCGCAACAAAGUGGCGCGGCAGACAACGACAUCUUGCGGCAAAAAAUGAACUUGCACGAUCUCGAUAACAGCAUCUGCAAAAGUGAGUUGUUGUUUUCGCCGGUUAAGGAGUCGCAUAUUAGUGUGGAUUCGCUCGAUAUGGAGGGAUAUCCCGACGAUGAGAACAUUAUUUUGACCUGCAAAGCCAAUAAGGAUAAUUAUACGAUCGCCUUUGAAGGGAGUGCCAUGUACUCGGAUGACAGUUUUUAUGACGGUCCCGAGUACCCUAACGCCAUAAAAAUGAAACAAAAUACCGUAAAUUUGAACAAUUUCAACAACAAACUACUAAAUACGCCGGCAAUGAACACUUCAAUGUCGAAAUCAGAGACUGGAUACACCACGUGGUCUAAGCUCAGGCAAUCAAAUACCGCUCUGGAAACGAGGGAAAGUCAGGAUGACAUAACCGACGAUCAUCACCACGAAUCAAUGCCGAUGCACCCAAUUCGUCAUUUACCGCAUUGUUAUGUGAAUAAAAGUAGCAGUAUGCCAAAUUUAAAGACCAUUCUCAGUAAUCAACUUCAAAUUUCUGAUGCUAUCAGUAAUUCAACGGUCGAUUCCUACGGUCACCAACGCGCAAUGUUGCCUCAUUACCCGAUGCCCAUUUCCACAACUUCCGACAUCGACAGUCCCAACGUGGAAAAAAUGCACGAAUCUACCGCAGAAAAUGACAUCCAUGGCAGCGGAAGUGCCCAAAACGCGCCAUCAUUCAACUUAGUAAAGCUUUUCAUCAAGCAAAAGAGCAGCUCAACGGACACUUGCAUGGAUGUCAGUUCGGGAUGCUGGCCCAGCGACAGCAGCAGCUCCGACAACACAAAUAACAACAACAACAACGGCAGCAACAGCGGAAGUCGCAUGCGAAAACGCAGCAUGAACGAUUCGGGCAAGGGGUCGGCGUUGAGUCGACAUGACGAAGAAGUGCCGCGCGAAGAAGAAGAGUUCCAAUAUGACAGUUUGGACUGUGCGGCGGUCAAUUCUGCAGCUGUGGAGGAACAAAGACGCGUCAAUACUGCGGUGAGUUCGCCGAUGAAGACCCAAAAGGCGAACGGGACGUUGAAAGAUCUUCAUUUAAACAUCCGACACCAACUGAAACACCCGGCUUUGUACAAUUUGAUGCAACCGCAUGGCACGAAACCCUUGAACAACAGUAUUAACAACAACAAUAACAACAGUCAUUCGGAUACGAGUCACACUUCGGAGAAUUUGACGCAAAUUUUCAACAUCAACAAGAGUCGCACGAACGAAAUGAUGACAAAAUCCAUCCAAACGUCGAUGGUGAAGGAAGCAAACUCGAAUAUUCGCAUCAUCCCUCCGAGUUUUCUCGCAAAAUUGAAUCAGGAGAUCCGAAACAGGAACAAGGAGCGUGCCAGUGUCUUCGUCGUGUACCCGAAUUAUGCGUUGCCCGACCUGGGCUUUGUCAGUACAGCUCCAAACGAGUUAAUUUUGAGCCCAGUUGGCUUCAAAGACUCAUUUUCGAAGAUGAAAUCGCGUCGCCCCAUGUCGCUGAACGACGUUGACGCCAUGAAAUCGCGUCAAUAUGGUCACGUGAUCGAUUGGAAGUCGCUAAUGACCUUGCUGCCCACGGAAUAUCGCAAAAUUUUGAAAAACAUUCCGGAAGCGAACGAAGUUUCCAUGGAAGCGUCACUUUUGUCGAAUAAACCGCUCUUUUCGAUGACGCCCCCGAUCCGGACGAGUCGUGCGGUGAGCUGUGAUUGCGCUUAUAUUCUCAGUAACACGCAAGUGACGAGCAGUUCGUCGGGCGGAAGUAGUAGUCAACCCCCGAGUAGCGGAUAUCGAGGUUCCAGCACGAUUUUGACGGAUUCCGACAUGAACGAGCAGAUCGGCAGCAACAACAUGUACGUUUAUCAGUACGAGGAACCGCCGAAAGAGCGUCCUCCGACCGGAAAAACGCCUCGUGGCAUCUUGCGAAGGGCAAAUACCGCGAGAUCCGCUCAAAAAUCCAAACGUUCGAGCAUGUUUGAGGGCGGCGAAGGCGCUAUGACCACCGCAGAAAAGCGAAGAUCGUUGCAGGAACCUUUCUACGCGACACAAAUCAUCGAGGAUUACAUCGCCGAGAUGGAAGGUGCGGAAAAUCGUCAUGCAGCGAAGAGAAAUUUGCUUCCAAAUUACCCGAAACAGCGCGAAGAGUACCAAGAUCAUCGACAAUCGAAGAUGCAAGGCAUAGAUGACAUCGAUUUAAUGGCUCCCCCGCCGCGCCAGAGACGAAAUUCCGUCAUUGAUCAAGCAAAUGAGUUCGAAGCGCGCAUCCGGGCCGAGCAAUUUUUGAUAAAUGUGCCGAAAUCCGACCUGAAACAUUACGCGGAAAUUGCAAAUAUCCUGGAAACGGUCGCUGAACCGCCAUUAAAUAGCAUCCAUUUGCGGAAUGAAGUCUCCCGAGCACUUUCGUCGCAGCAACAACAGCAAAUUAAUCGGAAACAAGUGCAGUUUACGAAGCCGCAAGCGGGGCAACCGUCGCCUAAAGUGACGUCACCCAUGAAACAACGAUCGCCGAUGGGUGCAAGACUCCUGAAGCCCAAUGAACUGCGUUUUAGUACGCCGCCCAAUUCGCCAAAUAUGUCGGUGAUGACAGGCAAGAAGCAAUCUCCGACGUCGCAGAGGCAGAAAGAUGCGGAAAAGGAGAAACAGGAGAAGAUUCAGAGUAAUCGGUUUAAGAGGUUGCAAAUUCAGUGGGAGUUGUUGAGUAAAGAUGCCGCACAAAGAGCGAUGGAGACGAAAUCGGGCGGAACAACGCCAUUGAGUGCUCCAAAGUCGAGAAUUCCGAGACCUGUGAGUUAUCCAGCAGCUACCAGAACCGACCAGAAACCUGGCGUACCAAAAUCCCCAACAAGAAUGAUCACACCAAAGAAAUACAACAUACCUAAAGUGAGUCCCACGACGGCGAAUGCUCCAACUCCAAGAACUCCCAAUAGGACAGCGCCCUCGAACACGACACCGAAGAAAACGGUCACAAGACCAUCUUCUGUGCGAACCCGAUGAAUUACUUAAUCCAAGGCAGAAGAUUGUAAAUAUUUCAAAAAUGUACAGAGAAUUUUUUUACCGAUAAGAAAAAAUUGUCCUUGAGGAACAAAAUACCACGUUAGUUGUAAGCAAAAAAAAAAUAAAGUGAAGAAAAUUCCCGAGAAAAGUGUGUAAACUAAGUCAGUAGUGAUUAGAGAGCUUCAUAAAAUAAUCAAAUAUUUACUCAAAAAAAAAAAAUAAUAAUGAUAGAAAUUUGUGUAAAAUGUAAAUUUGCCCCAUUUUUCCUUAAAAACUACCUAAAAUAGUCAAAGAUUUAAUUUUUUGAGGAACUGAAUUAAUUAAUAAUUAAUUAAAAUAUUUAAUAAUUUUAAUAAUCAAUUUUAUUAUUUAAAAAUUUACCCAAAAAAAUUCUCUCUUGUAAAAUAUAGAAUUAAAAAAAUAUUUAAUCAAAUGUGUUUAAAAAAAACACCGCAAAAUAUCAUUAGCUUCUGUGUGUCUGUAAAGUGAGUUAAUAUUAAAAAUAAAAAAAAAAAUAUUUAAACACAAUAGAAAAUAAAAAUAGUUACACACAAAAUGCUUAGUGUAAAAGAUUGAAAGACGAGAAAAUAGUAAAAUUUGCUUUAUAUUAAACAAUAUUAAAAAAAAAAUAUUAAAAAAAGUAUAAAUCUAUAAAUUUGAAGCUUAUUACAGUUGCUAUAUUUAAUGCUUUAUAUGAUAUUAACUUAAUUAUUAAGAGCUAAACAGAUGAAAAUGGUUAUCAAAGCUUAUUAUAUACAAACAAAAAACAUGUUAUCACAGCAAAUAUUAUUGUCAGGAGGAAAGACGAGGAGUUGUAGAUAUUAUUUUAUGUUUAUUUUGUCCCUUUAUAAAAUAAAAUAUUUAAAAAAAUAUUUUUUCUCCCCUUUUUUGUGAACAAUUACGUUAAAAAAAAUUAUUUAAAAAAUAUAAAAAAUUAAAUUAAUUUAAUUAAAUAUUUUUUUAAUUUAAAAAAAUAUAUUUUUAAAUAAAAAAUUAUAUUUUUUGUAAAAAUAUAAAAUUUAACGUACUUGUUUAAUAAAAAAAAAUAAUUUAAUUAACGAGAGACAUUCGAUACGAUUAGACGAACUAUUUACCUGACAGGUAUUUAUUUAAUUAAAAAAUAGAAAAAAAAUCAUAAAUAAAAAAAAAAUAAUAAUAAAUAAUUCCGAAAACGAGACUGUAACUUGAACAAAAAAAAAACGAUGCAAUUAUAAUCUUAAGUUUCAUGUUUUUUUCCCUUUUUCCAUCAAUGUCUCCUUUUCCGUCUCAAAUACUCAUAAAAAAACGAGAAAAAUUAAUUAAAUAAAAAAAAUAAUCGAAUUGAAUUAUUUCUUAAUUAUAUUUAGUGCCAUCUUUUCCUGCUUCAGCUUCCUGUGAGCUUCAUUUAAUGUAACCACACACACACACACUAUUUGUAAAGAUGAACAUUGUUAUUUAUUUAUUUCGCACAUUGUACGCUAAUUUAUGCCUUAACAUUAAUUUACCUUCAUCGCUAACAAAUUAUCUAUCUCUUAUAAAAAUCUAAACCUAGUCUAAAUAAAAUAAUAUUUAAGCAUCCAAUGAACAAGCUAAAUAUCAUCAA